ACCAACCAAACCAAAAAAGUUGAACCAUUGCAUUGCUCCUCUACUCUCCUGCACAGAAGAGGUCACAUGACAUGUCUCCUCCCAGUGCGUGGCCGUCUCACUGGGCGUGAGGAAGGACUGAGCUCACAUAAGCAGCGUGAAGGUGAGCUCACCUGGCAGACGGCCUGCGCAGGGUAACAAGCAGCAGCAGGGAGCCCCCGGUGAUGUUGUCCCUCACCAACACCACGGGGGGGCUGAAGUAUCAAGGCCUGCUGGAGUCGGUGAUGUUCUCCACGCUGACCACGGUCCCGUGCUGCAUCUUCCUCCUGGUCAACACCGCCAUGCUGAUGACCUUGAGGAGCCGGCCUCUGUUCCGUGAGACCCCUCGCUACCUGCUGCUGCUGAACCUGCUGUGCGCCGACACCGCGCAGAUGGCCCUCAGCCAACUGCUCUACCUGCUGGCCGCCAGCCGGGCGCCGCUCACCUACCCGCCCUGCGGCGUCCUCGUCAUGCUGGCCGACCUCACCAACACGGUGUCCCCUCUCACGCUGGUGGUCAUGUCCCUGGAGAGGUACGUGGCCGUGUGCCACCCGCUGAGGCACGCCACCCUAGUGACAGCGAGGAGCACGGCGGUGGCCGUGGCGGUGGUCUGGGCCAUCAGCUGGAUGAACGUCCUCACGCAAGUCGUCCUGCUGCUGGACUUUCCCUUUAAGGACCUGCAGAGCCUGCAGAUGGCCGACUUCUGCUCCAAGGAUCGCAUGAUGCUCGGCGUUGUGUCCGAGGUCUAUGACAGAGGCUACACCUACUUCCUGUUUUCGUCGACCAGCGUGGUCGUGGCUUCCUCCUACGUCGCCGUGACGAUGGCAGCCCGCUUGGCCUCCAGUGGCGGAGCCUCGGCCAGGAGGGCCCGCGACACGCUGCUGCUGCACCUGGUGCAGGUGGGCCUCAGCCUCUCGUCCACCUUGUACAGCCCCGUCCUCGUGGCGCUCUCGCGCAGCGUGAGCCGCCUCCUGUUUGUGCGCCUGCAGAACGUUCUCUACGUCGCCAUCUUCAUCUUCCCCCGGUGUCUGAGCUCUCUGAUCUACGGCCUCCGAGAUAAGAGCAUCCGACCGGUGCUGCUGCAGCAUCUGAGCUGUGGGCUGACGCUCUCCAUCGGCACCACGCGUCCCCACUUUCACAUGCGUGAUGUUUAA